AUGUCUUAUCUUGAAAUAGUUAAAGGUGUGGAUAGAAAUAGGAUUUAUCGCGGCCAGACGAUUAGAUAUAGAAUCGUAGUUGUGCUAUGGUCUUUAGUGUUAGUGUUAGAUAGUGUUAGAGGGGGGUGUAGUGAUAGUAAAGUAGGCGGUGUUAGUGAUGUUGGUGUGCAGGAAAUAACAGCUCCGGAGGGUUGGGAAAGAUCACCUAGGUUGACUGAAGACCUAAAGGCACUUGGGUUUUCGUUUCAGUAUAUGAAAAGUGUCGUCUAUGUUAAGAAGCACAUAACUGAAGAAGUAACGGCGCCUGCUUCGGACUCUACUGUAAGUUCCAGUCCAACCAACUCCACCGAAAACAUUGACAAGUAUAUGGUGUUGUGGCCAGAGCCAGAGCUACAAUUCAUAAUGCCUAAAACUAGGGAGGCAUACGGAUUGCAGAGGUUUUUGAUUGCAUUGAUGGAUAUUGUUGUUAUCAAAGCCGAAAAGGCGGUGUUUGUAUAUCAACUAGAGUAUUUAGAGAGGUGUGAGGACAAGUUAAAAGCUAUAUCUCGAGUUAUCAACAUGCUAGAGUGUGAGGAGCUGGAACUUAGAAUAGAAGAGUAUGACAUAGAGAGAUACUCGCAUUGGGCUAGUGAAGUAGAGCCCAGUUUGACCGAAUUAGAGGAAACAAUCGAUUGUGCUGGCUCGAAUUCAAAGCGCAGUCUCACAAUUAAUGUCUAUUGUUUGAACCCAUCUAUAGUAGAUCUUAAGCCCUUGAACAUGUCCCUGCGAAACCUAGCUUCCAAACCCGCUCUGAUAGUGACAAUAAUGCGAGAACGAAAACCUCAUUCAUUCUUUUUCAACCCAAAGUACCUAUCUAGGGAUUUACCUGAAGUCCAGGUCAACACCAAUAUUGAUUUCACGGCUCUCCAUAAUCAAGAAAUCAAAUGUCAAAAGAUUGUUAUUGAGAAAAACAUUGUGUUAACAUUAACUGGUCUUGAGAAUGCUACUACUAACAUUCAUUCCGAAAUAGUUCUAGAACUGUAUUGGGACACUCUUCUAUAUUUGUGCGAGCACAAUAGGUCGAACAUUAAUGUUCAUACCAUUAUAGCUAUUGGCUGCGGCUCGAGGAGAGGAUUAUUCAAGCCUGAGCUUCUUCAAAAAGAGCCACCUUCUACCCCCCAUAUCUUUGCCACCAAAAUAUCCACCAUAAUUCCUACCCAGCUAUAUUGUUCUGCCCUGAUCAGACAUACCCAAUACUGCAACCAAGAAGCCUGCGCCAAAUAUGGUAUUUCGGCCGCCAUAAACACAAUUGAGUAUGAGGAGGGGCAAGCCGGCCUAGUAGAAACGUUAAAUACGCUUAAAAACAAGCUAUGUGCAUUGUAUGAGACGUCGGUAGAUAAUUUGGAUGAUGAAGAGGCCAGGUGCUCUGGCCAAGACAAGGCUGAUCACAUGUGGCUACUUCAAGAAACAGUUAAUAUCCACCUCGAGAACAAACUGCGCGAUAGCUGUGAUAAUUGGAUAAUUAGAUCUUUCUGUCAAAACAUAUGCUAUACAGACAUUAACAUUUAUGGGCUAGAUUGGGUAGAUUGGCAAUCUGUUAGCUUUUGUAAAGACCUUUUAAAUCGAUUCGGUAAUAUCACUGCUCGCACACUUAGAAUCUCGAAUAUUUAUCUUUGUCCCGACUGCAGAUUUGGCUUAUCUACGAUAGAAGAAGAUGACGCACUUCCUGAAAUCUUCCGACGCCGUCUUGAUAUUAAGGCCUUGAUACUAGACCAAGUUAAUAAUGACUUUAUUUACUGGAUCCUAAACAACUACACAUUUGCUGAUUCUAUGGAAUUGCAUAUUCUGAACCAAGGCUACAAGAACCUUAAUAUUGUCCAAAUUCUCUCCCUUCCUAUAUGCCGGAAUAUCUCUAAACUUGUGCUCAAUGACUUUAUUGGAUUAGAUGAGGUGAGGUUGUAUGAGGAGUAUAAGAAAGAAGGUAGACUCACUGAACUCUCAUUAUUCAAUUACAUAGAAACAAUGAAAGCCGAAAACAAAACCAUCACGGAUCUUGGUCUUAACAAACUGACUCUGCGACUAGAAGGUGUUGAUUGCAAUAAGUAUACUGAAAUCUUAGCUAAGUUUAAUGAUAUUGGUAUUCAAUGCGAGGAGGUUCCUUUUGCGGUUAUUGUUGGUCGUCAACUAGCGAAUUACAAUUCUUAUAUAAGGGGGGAUACUCAAUGUGCUUUGAGGAAUCCCAACAAACGAUUUAAGAUGGUGCUGGAGCUCAAGAACAUUAAUCUACAAGAAUUAGAAGCGGAUCUUGCCAGGCGAUGCCCCGAGUCUACAUCACAGCCAGAUCCAAAACAAGAACAAAAGUCCCCUAUCCAGAAACUUUCCGUUGAUAAAUUAUCGUUACAUUUCAUUGAUGAGCCGGUCAUAACUGAGAAUAACCUAGUGAGGGUUCUUAAGUGGAUUGCUUGUCACUUUACAGGUCCACGGCGGUUGUAUUUAUACGGUCUUGAGGUUUCGGAGGAUGAACAAGAGACGAUGAUCGCCCACCAUUAUCAAGUCAUUGGGUUAAAUGCGUUCAGCCAUUAUCACAGAAAAGUUAAGCUCAUAGUGCUUAGGUCGUUAUUGGACGAUAACCAGGGUAUCGUAUUCGCCGAGUUUAAUAUCAUUCAUCCUGAUAUUGUUAUCGUGAACUCUAUCACAAUACCCCACAUUCUUAAACUGGAUCUCACUGAGAUCGAUCCUGAGGCAUGUUUGUACAAGCUCGCAACGGCUAUAAAGAAGUCUACCUCCAUUGUAUGCCUAGGGUGCUCCUUAAGUCUUUAUCAGCCAAAAGAGAAGAACAGAACAGACAGGGAGGUGCAUGUUGAUAUAGAUAAUGACACGAAUGGCGAGGCGCGCGAAGAAAAAAGUAAGGAAGAUGCUGUGCGCCAAAAGGAGAUCCUAUCUCCUAAGUACGAUUUUACAGGCUUUAGUCCAAAGCUACACACUACCAUAGCCUGCUAUUUAGCUUGCGGACAUAUACUCUGCAUUAAAUGUAUAUCGAAGAUGGUGAUGCCCGACGACAAGUUACUAAAGUGUCCAACUUGUGAGAAAUAUCUCGACCACAACACAACCUGUGAGCUUGUAUACGCGCCUCUGCCCAACUUUAUUCAUAUCGAAAGCGAUGUUCCAACGUCUAUCACAAAGAACCAACAAGCUAAGAUCAAAACAUGGCGUGAGUCCCCUGCAUUUUUCUAUGCCAUUAAUUACGAUCCAUAUCAGACGCAUUAUAUGCUCGUGAUGGAUAUAUUUUAUGCCACUACUCCCCCAUUCCAGGUCAUUUUCGUCUAA